UAUGUAUCUAGCCGAAUCAUCAUUCGAGCUAAUCUUAUAUACGCACGCGUCUUCAUCGUACUCAGGCCGGCAGGCACACGACGGUCAGACUUUGGCUUCUCUCUCUCUUUCUCUCUCUCCAUCUUCUCUCUAUAGGCAAGAAGAGGAGCUGAAGCGAUCGUACUUCUUCAAGGCUAAUGGCUAUAUCCCCUGAUCAGGCUUCCACAAACAUCUGCACUCACUGUGACAGAGCUAUUCCUUCGGCAAAUAUUGACUUGCAUCAAGUUCAUUGCUCUCGAAAUCUUGAAAGAUGUAAAGUUUGUGGUGAUAUGGUACCUAGGAGACACGCAGAUGAGCAUUUCCUAAACACCCAUGCUCUGGUUCCAUGUUCUCUGUGCAGCGAAACUAUGGCAAGGGAAAUCUUGGAUGUGCAUAAAGUUGAAAAUUGUCCCCAAAGGAUCGUCACAUGCGAGUUCUGUGAAUUCCCACUGCCUUCAGUUGAUCUGAAUGAACAUCAGGAAGUAUGUGGGAAUAGAACAGAAUAUUGUAAUCUUUGCCGCAGAUAUGUUAGAUUGCGUGAAAGAUUGAAUCACGAAAGCAGUUGUAAUGGUAAUCCCAAUACUACUGCUACUGCUGCUGAAACUUCCAGAACUGACACGAGGGAAGCUGAAAGAAGAAGGAACGAUGCUCAAAGAAGACAGCCACCGCAUCUAUUUCCUAAACGACGUCUCAUUUUGACAAUUGCAAUUACGGGUAUGGCCAUCUUUUUAGGUUCAUUUUUCUUUCAAAGGAAACCGGAGAAUAUUUCAGCUCAUUAUCGACAAGCUUAAGAUGAAAAUGUUGGACAGUUCUUCUAUUCAAUCAAAAACUCUUCUUCUCUUCCCCAAUAGUAAAACUUAUGCAGUGAUUUUAUUUACAUUUUGUAAAUUUUCACAUAAUUGAAAGUGAGGGAUUCAGCAACUCUUUUUAUCAACUUUAUUACUUCAUUUAGAACAUCUUAUAAUGUAUGAAUGUUUCCAAGUGUGGUGAUACAUUCUGCUUCCUUAUUAAAUUCCAUAGGAUGUGUAAGUUAAAUAUAUUCAAAUU